AUGCGGCGUUUGCUCUCCCUCUUGACAGUGCUCAACCUCGUAUUUGCAGCUCCGAGCGUCCCCCAAUGGAGCUUCGAUCUCAAACAAUCGACCAGUGGGAUUGUUGCCCUGGAGUCCAUAGUCGUCUCACCGACACUGGCCAUCUUCUUUAAUCGCCCUUCACUUGACCCCUUGCACAUCGACAACCAUUCCGCACUGGGUGCCCUUUGGGAUCUACGGACAAGUACCGUCAGGCCUCUCGAGGUUGUGUCGAAUGCAUUCUGCGGUAGUGGCGCUCUCAUCAGUAACGGGUCCAUGGUCAGCAUUGGAGGCGACGCUCCAGGCGGUGGUAUUAAUCAAGCCGGCAACCAAGCCAUUCGUAUCUUCGAACCAUGCGCAUCUCCCUCAGGUGAAGGCUGCACCCUCUUUGAAAAUCUGGAGACCCACCAUCUCUUCGAACGGCGGUGGUACGCUUCGACCCUCCGGAUUUUUGACGGAAGUCUUAUGAUCGUUGGGGGCACACACGCCAACACGAAGUUCUACAACAUCGAUCCCGUGAACUCGUUCGAAUUCUUCCCAAAAAAGGAGGCGACUACUCGGCCGUCUGCUUUCCUCGAGCGCGCCCUUCCUGCAAACCUAUUCCCUAGAGUAUUUGCUCUCCCUGACGGUCGUGUAUUCAUGAUAGCCAAUAACCAGUCUAUCAUCUACGACAUCGAAGCCAACACUGAGACUAUCCUCCCCGACAUCCCCAACAACGUCCGUGUCACCAACCCGAUUGACGGCUCCGCGAUAUUGCUCCCCCUCUCCCCACCUCAAUUCAUCCCCGAAGUCCUCGUGUGCGGAGGAACACAAACAGACACCAUCGACCCUUCGCUUCUCUCCUCACAAACCCCCGCCUCGUCCCAAUGUUCCCGCAUCAAACUCACCGAAGAAGGUAUCAAGCAAGGAUGGCAGGUUGAACACAUGUUGGAAGGUCGAACCAUGCCAGAAUUGGUGCACUUGCCGAACGGACAGAUCCUUAUCGCCAACGGUGGGCGCACUGGGUUCGCUGCCGUGAAGUCAAUCGCGGACCCCAUAGGAAACUCCAAUGCGGACAACCCAGUCUUGACGCCUUCGUUAUACACACCUUCGCUCCCCCUCGGUCGUCGAAUCAGCAACAAGGGAAUGCCCACCACCGACAUCGCGCGUAUGUACCAUUCCAGUAUUACUCUAACACCCCAAGGCAACUUCUUGAUCGCUGGGAGCAAUCCGAAUGAUAAUACGACCGUGGGGGCCAAGUUCAACAGUGAAUUCAGAGUCCAAACGUUAGAUCCUCCAUUCAUGAAGGUGGCACGACCCCGGUUGCUGAGUAUGCCGAAGAAGUUGAGAUUUGGGCAGCGAAUUAGUGUUCCUAUAUCAGUCCCGCCCUCCCUCAUAGGCAGAGACAUUAAAGUAUCCCUCAUGGACUUGGGAUUCUCUACCCACGCUUUCCAUUCGAGCGCCCGAUUAGUGUUCAUGGACGCUACCAUUUCGCCUUUCAGGAAUAUUCUGACGUUCACGACCCCGCCGAAUGGACGGGUGUUCCCUCCGGGGCCCGCCACCAUUUUCCUGACGGUGGAUGAUGUGAGCAGUGAGGGUGCGUGGGUUAUGAUGGGGAGUGGAGCAUCGCCGCCAACUUUGGAGUGA